CAAUAUAAGCUAAGAUAUUUAGCUAACAGUGCUGCAUUUGGGCUUUGGCUUACUUCAACGAAGAAGAAGAGUUGAACAAUCCAUCAAUUUUGAGUUCAAUUUGAAGACGACAGUUAUGAUUCUAACUCAGCUUCCAAGGUUCCAUUUCUUGGUGUUCAAAAACCCGCCGCCAAGCUUCAAUUUCUUCCCCAAACCGAAACUCCCGAUCAUCAAACCCGCUUCCCCGACGCUCUUCUCCAGUCUUUCAACGGCCGAGCCAAUACCCAUCGCUGAUUUCGCACUCCCCGAUGAGCCGAAGCUCGAGGUUUCAUUGGACAAGCUGUUUGUUCCCCCGGAGACCGAGGUUUCUUGCAAUGAUCCCAACUUGAGCACGAAAAUCUUGAAAGGGUCCAACAUAGUUUUGAGCAAGUAUGCAAGGGAAGCUCAAGUGGUUCAGGCUGAGUUCGUGAAGAGCAGUGUGAGAACCGAGGAUUGCCCUUCCGAUGGAUUGCCGGAGUUUGCGCUCGUCGGCCGGUCGAAUGUCGGGAAAUCCUCGCUUCUUAAUUCGCUUGUAAGAAGAAAACGCCUUGCUCUCACGUCUAAAAAACCUGAUUGUGAUGUAAGCAAAUGUCUAUUGUUCGUAGGGAAGACGCAAUGCAUCAACCAUUUCCGCAUCAAUGACGAUUGGUACCUGGUGGAUUUGCCUGGAUAUGGGUAUGCAUCUGCACCUCAGGAACUUCGAACAGACUGGGGCAAGUUCACCAGAGACUAUUUUAUCAACCGUUCAACGCUAGUAUCGGUUUUCCUACUUAUUGAUGCUAGCAUUCCCGCGAAGAAAAUUGACCUGGAAUAUGCUAGUUGGCUUGGUCAGAACCAGAUCCCCAUGACACUGAUAUUCACCAAAUGCGAUAAGCGGAAGAAGAAAAAGAAUGGUGGAAAAAGGCCCGAAGAGAACGUGAGUGAAUUUCAGGAGCUGAUAUGUGGUUUCUUCCAGUCUGUGCCGCCGUGGAUUAUGACCAGCAGUGUUACAAAUCAAGGCCGCGAUGAGAUUCUGUUGCAAAUGGCUCAACUACGGAAUUAUUGGCGUAAACACUGAAGGCUAAAGAACCCCGUAAUCAAUCAAGUUUAUGUAUGUUGCUAAUGUACUUGAUUUUUUAAACGCUGUUUCUUUGCAUGCAUUAGAAACAAUUCCCUUUCAAGUUUUGGACUUUGUUUAAACGA